GUGCGCACUCAGGCGCGGGGACCGGGUUCGCCCGCUUUCCCUUUCCGGCCGGUGGUCGCAGGCUUGCAGCCUAGCUGGGGGUGGGGGCAGGGCAGGGCAGGGCAGCGCGGGGUCGAACGCUGGGACUCGGAGCGGGUUUCAAAUCUAAACGGAUCCUAACGAUACCCGCUAUUCCUUCUCCGCAGCCCCGCCCUCCUGCCCGCGAGUACUUAUGGGUAAGAGAAAAGAGGAAAGCUUUUCAAAACCUGGAUUCCACAAAAGGCCAAGACAGGAAUACACAGAUGAAUCUAAUGAUGAGCUUGAUGAAGAAGAAUGUUCACAGUUUCAGUCUGACAGUAAUUCCAGUUCGCAGUCGACUUCAGGGGAAGUGGGGAUAAUUGAAAGCAUCCAAUUGAAGAACUUCAUGUGCCAUUCAAUGUUGGGGCCCUUUCAGUUUGGAUCCAAUGUAAACUUUGUGGUUGGAAACAAUGGAAGUGGGAAGAGUGCUGUAUUAACUGCUCUUAUUGUUGGGCUUGGGGGAAAAGCUACCACAACUAACAGAGGAUCCUCCUUGAAAGUAUUUGUGAAAGAUGGAGAGAAUUCUGCAGAUGUUUCAAUAACGUUAAGAAACCGAGGUAAAGAUGCAUUUAAACCAGAAGUAUAUGGCAGUUCUAUUAUUGUGAUUCAACACAUUAGCAUGGAUGGAAGUCGAAGUUAUAAACUGAAAAGCAAAACAGGGACGUUAAUUUCUUCUAAGAAAGAAGAACUUACUGCAAUAUUGGAUCACUUUAAUAUACAGGUAGAUAAUCCUGUGUCUGUUUUAACCCAAGAGAUGAGCAAGCACUUCUUACAGUCUAAAAAUGAAGGUGACAAAUACAAGUUCUUUAUGAAAGCAACCCAGCUGGAGCAGAUGAAAGCUGAUUAUUCAUACAUUAUGGAAACUAAGUCAAGAACUCAUGACCAGAUAGAACAAGGAGUAGGGCUUCUUCAAGACCUUAGGCAGCACUAUUUUGAGAAAGAGGAGCACUACAAAAGUAUUGCGUUCGUGAGCGAAAUGCAAACCAAUCUAGAGGCUUUGAAACAUAAAAUGGCCUGGGCAGUGGUGAAUGAAACUGAAAAAGAAAUGAAACCAAUCAAAGAUAGUAUUGAUAUUGAGGAAGGACGUACUGAAAAGUAUGAUCAGAAGUUAAACGAAUGGCAGGUCAAAGUAAAUGAAGCAGAAGAAAAGUACAAGGCCAUCCAAGAUAAGUUAGAGAAGAUAAGUGAAGAAGCACAAGCAUUGCAGCCUCAGUGUGUUUCUUUGAAAGCUGAUGUACAAGCAAAAAGAAAAGCAUACAACGAGGCUGAGGCACAUUAUAAUCGUUCGAGAACAGAAUUAAAACGACUAGAAAAAGAUGAUGAACAGCUAUGGAAACGAAUUGAAGAACUGAAAAAUAGUGCUGAUCAAGUUUCAGAGUCUGAAAAGCUGGAAACACAGAAAAAAAUAGCCCAGUUGAAAGAGCAGUUGAAGAUCGUCCAUGAUCAAGAGGUCAUGAUGGUUCAAGAUAUGGAUCAAUUUCAGCAGGCUGUCUACAAAUCCAAGGAAGAACAUGCUAGACUCAAGCGAGAAGAACUUGAUGUGAAACAAGCAUUGGAUUCCAAGCAAAGACAGCUGAAGGAGCUGACAGACAGUAAAACAAAUAGAUUGAAAAGAUUUGGACAACAUGUGCCAGUCCUUCUUGAAGCAAUUGAAGAUGCCUAUAGAAAAGGACAUUUUAAACACAAACCUAUUGGACCUCUAGGUGCUUUCAUUAGUCUCAAAGAUGCUGAACUUACUUUGGCUGUUGAAACUUGUUUAAAAAGCCUACUGCAGGCAUUUUGUUGUGAUAAUCAUCAUGAUGAGAGAACACUUCAGACACUGAUGUCAAAGUUUUAUCCAUCUGGAUAUCGGCCCCAAAUAAUUGUCAGUAGGUUUCGAAAUGAAGUUUAUGAUGUCAGACCUAGGGCCGUUCACCAUCCAGAAUUCCCAUCAGUCCUUACAGCUUUAGAAAUAGAUAAUGCAGUUGUUGCUAAUUGUUUGAUUGACAUGAGGGGUAUAGAAACAAUCCUGCUAAUUAAGAGUAACCCAGAGGCUCGUGCGGUAAUGCAGAGAAAGAGGCCUCCAAAAAACUGUAGAGAAGCUUUUACUGCGGAGGGUGAUCAAGUGUUUGAGAGACGUUAUUAUUCAUCUGAUAAUACCAGGCCAAAAUUCCUAAGUAAAGACGUGGAAGCAGAAAUAAGUCACUUGCAGAAAGAAGUUGAAAACAAAAUGGCACAGUUGUCAACAUCUCAACAUCGUUUACGUUCCACUGAAAAUGAGACGAGAGAAAAUGAAGAUUAUCUUAAUCAUCGUCGUAGACAACAAAAAGAAUUACAGAUGAAAAUAAGAAGAAUAAACAUAGAAAUAGCAGAUCUUGAGAACGUAGAAGAACAACAAUCAGUAGACAUCUCUACAUUAGAAGAUGAAGCUCAUGAAAACAAGCAUAAGAUGGAAUCCGUUAAGUGGGAUAUGGAACAGCAAAGGGGAAAAAUGGAGGAAUUGAAAAAUAUUCUACGAGUGGCUGAACAUAAACUUGAAGAAAUUAAAGAAAAACUUCACCAAGUAGAAGAAAUAGCCAGUCCAGUCAAGGAUGAAUUAAACCAAGCUGACUUAGAAGUGGAAAAGAGUAAACACCACUGGCAGCACUACGAAGAAAAACAGAAAGAGCAUUUGGCAUCCAUAAAAAAACUUAAAGGAGAACUAGCUGCUAAAGAAAAAGAAUUAAAGGAAAAGAUUGCACAGGCCACACAAAUCUGCCCGCAACGGAUAGAAGUCAACAGAACUGUCAAGAGUCUUGACACAGAAAUGAAUCGCUUAAGAGACAAGAUCAAUUCAGAAAGAGAUCAUCAUGGAAACAGAGAAGAAAUAAUAAAGCAGCUUCUUGACGCAAAGGACAAAUAUCAGGAUGCAGAAGGUAAAGUGAAGAAUUUGAAGAAGUUUAUUAAAUUGUUGGAUCAAAUAAUGACACAGAGAUACAAAAUGUAUCAACAGUUCAGAAGGUGCCUUACUUUACGAUGCAAGUUCUAUUUUGACUUCUUAUUAUGUCAGCGAUCUUACUCUGGAAAAAUGAGUUUUGACCACAAGAAUGAAACACUUUCAAUAACAGUCCAGCCUGGAGAUAUAAACAAGGCUGCUCUAAAUGACAUGAGAUCUCUAUCAGGAGGUGAACGUUCUUUUUCAACAGUUUGUUUCAUUCUUUCUCUAUGGUCCAUUGCUGAAUCUCCUUUCAGAUGCUUGGAUGAAUUUGAUGUCUUCAUGGACAUGGUUAAUAGAAGAAUUGCAAUGGACAUGAUGCUCAAGAUGGCAGAUUCUCAACGUCAUCGACAAUUCAUUUUGCUCACCCCACAGAGCAUGAGUUCCCUACCUACAAGUGGCCUUAUUCGGAUCCUCCGAAUGCAAGAUCCUGAAAGAGGACAAACAACGCUGAAUUUUCAACGUAGACAUCAAGAAGAGGAAGAAGACUAAAAUUAAUAAAUACUUUGACACAUUAAUAUGCUAUCCCUAAUGUUCAGGUUUUUAUAGUAUAAAUGUAUAUAAUUUAUAUGUCUGUAAGAUUACUAAGGGCUUGUUUACACACAUGGUGCAGCAGUGUGCACUAUGGGGGUAGGAUUUCUAAAGCAUACCAGCGUGUUGCACACUAAUUGGUCUGUGUAUACCCUGCUGGUACACAUUAAAAUUUCCCUAACGUAAUUCACUCCACAGCCUGUAUAGACAAACCCAUACUUGCUUCUUAUUGCAGGUUAAGAGAAUUCAGUUGAAGGAUAUUUCUAGGACAGGAGACAACUCCUUUAUAUUUAUAGAGAAAUAGUUUGUGUAAUGAAAAUGUAAAUGAAGUGUGUAAUUUUAGUAAAACUAGAAUUUAGUUUAAAAAAAAAUCAGUUUGGUUCACUGGAAAAAAUUAAAUGAAAAUGUUCAUUUUGAUUAACUUUUUUUUAAACUGCCAACUGCUGGAGAUUAAAACAUAAAAUAUACUCUUUUGGUUUUUCUGAAAAAUUGAAAUAUAUUUUUUGUAAUUAUGCUGGAGAAAAAUCAUUUAAAAACCUUUAAAAACUGAUAUAAGUAGUAAUGUUUUAAAAAUAAAAAGUGUCCAAGUACACUUAAAUUCUGCUAAGUUUAUAUUGUUCAGCACUGCUCAAGAAGGUUUUAAAAUGUGACGUAAAAUAUACUAAAUUUUCAAGACUGGAUUUUGCUGUUCAGUCUAUCCAGGACAGGAUCAUUUUGCUAUCAGGCAGUAUCUGAGAUUUGUUUUGAGUAUAUUAACUGUGUUUACAUAUUUAGCUGUGGAAAUAUCACCUGCAGUAUUUUGCCUUGAUAUAUUUAAGAACAGAACCACUUAUAAAUGAAAGUGUAACAAAACAAUAGGUUCUUCUUUGAGUGCUUGUUCAUGUCAGUUCCAGUCAGGUGUGCACGUACAAGUGCACAGCAGCCGGAAUAUUUUUCCCCAGCGGUAUCCAUCGAGUCGGUUCGGGCACCCCCUAGAAUGGUGCCAUCCUGGCGCUCAAUAUAGAGCCCUACCGACCGGCAACCCCCUCAGUUCCUUCUUACUGCCAGUGACAGUUAGCUGGAACUUCCCCUUGCUGUUGUCGUGACAAGUGCAUUUGGCAGUCUGUAUAUAGUUCUCAUUAGUUCUGUAGUUAGUGUUAAGUAGUUAGUAGGUACUUUACUUAGUUCUUAAGUUUCCUUUGGAGGGGUUUCCCCUCCAGUGCUAUCCCAGUGCUAGGGAUGCCGCGGUCUCCUAGGGAUGCUGCGGUCUCCUGCCCAGAAGCAAUCCUCACACUUCAUGUUUGAAGUGUUUGGGGGGAGAGCCAUCAAAAGGAUCGCUGCAGGAACUGCAGAGGGUUUUGCCCCAGGACACUGAAAGAGAGAGUUCAGCACCUGAAGAUCCUACAAAUGGAAGCGGCACUCCGGCCCUAGUCCAACCCUGUGUCGGCAGACUUGGUACCAAGUAUCUCCUCCUCGGUAUGCAGUGCCCCGGCACUGUCGGCAUGGGGAUCAGUGCAGAGUAAAGACAAGGAUUCUUGUCACCAUCAUGGCUCCACUCGCGGAUCACAUGCCGCAGGCAGGCACUGGUCUCAAUUACUGGUUCUGCAGAAGAAAAGGAGGAUGGAGAGGGCAUUACUAAUCAACGCGAGCGCCAGGGCUACCAAGGCCCCUCCCCAAAGAAUCAGGAGGUGAAACGACUCGACUUUUUGGUAGAAAGGUCUACUCCACUGGCGCUUGCAGCUCCGUGUUUCUAAUCAGCAGGCCAUUGUCAGCAGGUACUGCUACAGUACAUGUGGGGGAAUGGCAAAGUUCACAGAGCUGCUGCUGCAAGACUCCUGUGCUGAAUUCUCAGCCCUGGUGGAGAAGAGCAAGCUCAUUUCCCGAGCUUCAUUGCAGGCCACUCUGGAUGGGGCUGAUGUGGCCACUUGGGUUAUGUCUACCAGGAUUGCCAGAAAAGAGGACUCCUGGCUCCAGGUAUCAGGUCUGCCAUAGGAAGUCCAGCAGACCAUUCAGGAUCUCCCCUUUGAGGGUGUGACUCUAUUUUCCAAAAAGAUGGAUAAAAGGCUACAUAGCCUAAAAGACUUGAAAGCCACCUUCAAAUCGCUGGGCCUCCACAUCCAUGCCACUCAGCGGAGGCAUUUUAGGCUGCAACCUCCUCCACUGUUCUACCAACGGAGGACGGCUCAUAGAGAAGAAACAGGAGCAGCAUGAAGAGGCUGCAGCUGUCCUCAGGCCAGGGCUCUGGCCCAUCCAAACCAGAAGCAGGCCUUUUGAAGGUGCGAACGAGGAUGAUGCAACAGAACUUGGACUGAAUCCAACUCACCUUACCUUUUUUGUCCUGACUAUCUCCUUUCUACCCUGUGUGGGCCUGAAUCAAUUGGACAUCUGGGUGCUCCGUAUGGUAGAGAGGGGAUACUCCCUCCAGUUCUCUGCACUCCCGCCCUUCCACCCUCUUUCCCCAUCCCUCUUCAGGGACCCUUUUCAUGAGCAACUCCUCAUAAAGGAGGUACACUCGCUCCUAUCACUAGGAGCAGUGGAAGAGCUUCCUCAUGAGCUGAAGGCCAAGGGUUUCUAUUCCUGGUAUUUCCUAAUACCAUAAGCCAAAGGCGGGCUCAGGCCCAUCCUAGACCUGUGUCAUAAUCAUACAGCUAAGGGUAGCCUUGAAUUCCUCCUUACCUGUAAGGGGUUAAGAAGCUCAAAUAAUCUGGUUGGCACCUGACCAAAAGGACCAAUGGGGAAGAAGAUACUUUCAAAUCUGGGGACGGGGGGAAGGCUUGCUUUGUGUUCUUUGUUUGUGUGUUCUCUGGGGAAGCAGAGAAGCAUCAGUUCAGAAAACUCCUUCUAAAAUCAUCCUAAAAUGAGUCUCAAUAUUGCAAAAAGAGUAAUUAAAUAAGGCAACUCGUGUUAAAUUCUUUUGUUUUUAGCUUGUGAAUUUUCCCUGUGCUAAGGGGGAGGUUCAUCCCUGUUGUUUUUUUUUUUUU